AGGUAUCCCAAGAUUGCGGGUUCGAGCCCCGCCGGGAGCUUAUUUUCUGUUCUAAAUUUUUUAGUUACCGUUUUUGUGAAACGCCGCGUCCCUGCUUGCUAAAAAAAUGACUGAAAAACUUCAGAGCUCACGACAGUCUUUCUGGGCCCAAUAUGUUGGCAAAAAUAUUUGCUGUUGAUGGCAAAAGCCAGGCGCGUAGGCAGCAACGCAGCUUCUUCUUCACUUUACAGAUUAAGAAUGAUUACUAGUGCCCUUGUCAUAACUGGGGCUGGAUUGCUAGUACUUCUCAAUAGAUCGACCCUCUGGUGAUGGAUGUCAAAGAUCUGCUACCAGGAAUGUAUCGCAACAGGGCCAUGUUAUUUGAUACUUUAGCCUCUCGCUAACUCAAAUACCUAGCUCCUCUCGUCUGCGACCCAGCUCCUCUAGUGCCUGUUGCUUGUCCUGAUUCUCAGGGUGUAGCAACUGCCACUGAAUCACAAAAUCCAAGGCCGUAGACAACCAUCGGCCGCUUUUCGCGUCCAAGAAUUUCUUGACCUCGUCCCCAUUUACGAUGGGCUUCAACUCAAAUGCACUGUCAAGUCUUUGUUCGAGAAUGUAGGACAGGAAUCGAUCAUAGGUUUGCACCACUGUGUGGACGAAGUAAGCAAAAUUAUCCUGCAACAAUGACAUUUUGAUUAGAGGAAAGCUUACCUUGGACAAACUCACCCCCCUGCAUGAUCUCCUGUAGCAGAGACAAGAGGAUGCAAAGUCUCCAGUCCUUCUCCCAGGAUCGGAUGUGUAACCCAACCUGUUGUCGGAUCACCGCUGGUGUCCCUUGCAUUAGACCCUCAACGACUGCGGCUUUGACGUCAAUGAUGUUACGCCAGUGGUUCGCGGUCUGUCCCAGCAUUGUAACCGUUUUAUUAUCUGCCCGUAGGCUAUCCCGAGCAACCUCUGCCAUCCGGGGUAGAAAUGACUUCUUGCCGCUAGGCGCAGCCCGCGUAGAAACGGCCGACCAUGGAGCGUGCGCAGCAAUCAUCCAAGCAUAGUACUUCUCGAGCGUGUCGCGCACGAGCAGGGUGCGGACGCGCUUCAUAGCUUCUACCUCCUCAUCCGAGGACAAUAAGCGAUGGAGGGCAUCGUAGGCGAGGGACCAAGAUGAUGUUUCCGGCACCACAUCAUCCUGAUGAUUGGCGAAAAUCGUUGGAUAAAGCUUCAGUCGAUCAAUAAUAUGAAGAGCCCCGCGGGGGUCAGGGCCUUGGAGCAUCUUUUCCACCUCGAUACCGACACGCUCUUUGCUAAUUUUAUGCGUGAGUGCGCUGCUAAUUUCGCCAUGCUGCAUCGCAGUCUCAGUGUCCGUGUCAAUGCGGUAACCCAGUCGACUAGCAAAUCGAAUCAGCCGCAGCACUCGAAGCGGAUCAUCUUUGAAAGUCUGAUACGGCUCCAGCGGAGUUCGAAUGAUUUCAUUCUUCAUAUCCAACAAGCCCCUCCCUGUAAAAUCCUCGACCUUGGACUCGUUCAGGUUGUAGAAAAGAGCAUUAAUCGUCGCAUCACGGCGCAAAGCAUCUUCCUCCGGCGUUCCAAAUUCCAUUUGUGGAGUUCGACUGUCUUCGGAAUAUGACUCCUUCCGCAGAUUAACUAAAUCUACAUCAAAGCCAAAGAUUUUCGUUGUCACCGUUUCUAAGUGCUUCGACUUUUCGGGGUUGGCCUCAAUUUUGUGGAGACGGAUGAUCGCUUGUUGUAGUUCCCCUUCUUCAUGGUUUUUCCGAUACUUCUCCAGAAUCCCAGGUUUGUCCAAAUACUUCUUGAGGUUCGUCCCAAACUCGUAGCCAGUCAUGUUAUUGAUUCCGACAUCAAUGUCAUGGCUUUGCACGCCCAACAGCUUGUCCCGUACCCAGCCCCCCGUAAAUCGGAGCACAGUAUCUGGAGUGUCGGCAUUGCUGCGCGCACCUUUUAAGUUGUGUUCCCGGAUGUACUGAGCAACAUCGACGAGGAGGGUCUUCAAGGUAUUUUCGAGAGGCGUGAGCUUGAUAGUAGGAAGUUGCGGCGAAGCCCAGUCUUCGGGUGGGGUCAUGACUGCCGCAGGUAUCUCGACAGGAGAGGCUUGAGAAGUGCGUCUCCUCUUGCUUGCUCGCGCGGAGGGAGAGUCAACAACCUGGAGACGGCUCAUAUAACGGCUGUAGGGAGUAGAUUGGGUCGGACGGCGCUUUGAAAGAAUGGCUAAGGGUUCGGAGAGUGGGGGUCUGGAGAAGUAUGUCGCUGAUUGAGAGAGUCUGACAGAACUAUGAGUCAAUAAGAAGGAAGACGCAAACAUGAAGGGAGCGCGAUCCCAUGGAGGGGAAAGAACGAGGGAAAGCUAUGUGAUAGCAGGGUUGGAUAUGCCUUUUGAGUCAUGGCAUCAAAGAAGAUGGCGAAGCUCAGCCGGCGAGAACGAUCACCGCCUUCAUUAUUGGCUGUGCCAAUUGCGCUCUUCGCAUCCUACCUAGCAUUGCUCUGUCAAAGAAAUAGCACGACUCAAACAAUCCUUAUUCCCUGCCCGAGCCAGUCGCUUGAUGCUGCUGUGUGGUUCACAUGUUGAGGGAUGCGCAAAUCCGCCGCGAUUCGCUCGAUUUGAACUGCUCCACGUUUCGGCGUCUGAGACUUGGCCUUGUCCGGACAACCGCCUGACGCCUCACCUUCAAGUUAUCGUCAUUGCUUCACCUCAAUUCCGCAUCUUCACGCCGUGUUGCUUUCUUUACUACUUUCUCGACGUCUGAUAUCCUCGUACUCCUCAUACCAUCAGUCCAUGGGCUAGACCUACAGCCUCCGAGUUACCAUUCCUUGUUAUUUCUCGGAAUCCAUUCGGGUCCAUGACAUCGCCCGGAGAUGCUGCUCCGGUCAAACCUCCGCCGUCCUUCUCGCCCGGCGUGCCGCGUGUCGCUUCCAAGACGAGAUACCCCAGCCAGCGGCGCGACUCAACUGCAUCUCUAGAGUCGGACCGGGCUGAGUCAAGGAUAGGCACGUCUCCCACACCCCCGCUAUCGCGAACCACCUCCGAGCUUCCGCUCCGAACUGCGUCCCCCCACGGCCGGCCUGCCAGGUCGUCAACUCCGCAAGCAGGGAGGUCGUCGCUGGGUUCACCCGUAGAUGGACGGGCAGAUGCCGCGCUAGAAACGCGAUCCCUCAUCAUUCGCUCCUUUUCUCCUGUUAUUGGUGUUUACGCCUCGCCUGAUACCGAUGAGCUGGUGCGGCAAAAAGGGUUCAAGGAAGGCUUCUGGGAACUGAUACGGCCGUUUGGGGAAAAUGUGCCCGGGAAGCUUGUCAUUCGGGAUAGCGUUGGGUCAAGUCGCGGCUGGGAAGAUUAUGGAGUGCGGUUCGUGGAUUUGAAGGAAAGCUGCCAACCCCCUGACGGUCUGAAUCAGGGGCGAAAUUCGUCUCUGGCCCAGGUUGAGUCCGUUCUAGAAAAGCAGCUAGAAUCGCCUGAUACUCCGCUGGGCGGAUCGUUACACCAUAACGACCUUUUGGGUCCCUCCACUACCUCGCCUCUAUAUAAACUAUACCUACGCCAACUGCUGUCGAUUGCCACUGCCUCUCCCCACGAAGCAUUCCGCCAUCCUGUUGCAAGUGUGAUUGCUACCAGCUCGCGCAAUCCCGCUCCCCUCGAGUCCCUCCGGCAACUCUACGCAGAUACGAACAAUGGUAGCAGGAGGGCACCAGACUGGAUCCACCCAGAGUACCUUCGAUACUACGUACUUGUGCACGAUGAAGACCGCGACGACAUAUCCGAGUCAACCAAGCUCUACGAUCAAAUGAAGCGCCAUUUUGGCUUACAUUGCCACUUGUUGCGGUUACGCAGUAAUCAAUGUGUGGUUACGGAUGACGAUAGCGUGCAGGUGCCGGAGUGUGAGUGGUUGUCGCCUUCGGAGCGGCUUCUCGGCCGCGCGGAACCAUUGGUCGACCUUGACUCGGACGGCCUUUUGUAUCUAUUCGAAUCUGACAUCAUGGCAAUUAAAAGCUUUGUCCGAGAACUGGUAGCCCAGUCGGUCAUCCCGUUCAUGGAGAACAAAGUAGCCGUUUGGAAUGAUCGAGUGGCGUCAAGACGGCGUGGUAUUAGUGGCAGGUUCAUGUCAAUGUCACGAAAAUGGGCAGGGUUCGGAUCUAGUUCUCGCUCCAGCUUGACAGGCGCUGGUGGCGGGGCGAGUGGGAAUUAUAAUGUGGCUCAUGGCUUCUACGACUAUGACAACGACGAAGCUUUGUUACGGAAAAUGGCAGACUAUGCUUUCAUGCUCCGCGAUUGGAAGCUUUCCGGAUCUACGUAUGAGUUGCUACGCUCAGAUUAUGCCAAUGAUAAAGCUUGGAAGCACCACGCUGGUGCUUACGAGAUGUGCGCCGUGAGCUUACUAUUAAAUCCUCUCGGAAUGGGCACAAAGACGAAGCUUGAGAACAUCGACCAGAUGUUCGAAACCGCAUGUUAUUCAUAUCUUACUCGAUGCUCAGACGCCCCCAACACACUGCGUUGCCUUACCCUAGCUGUUGAGUUGUUGAAAAUCCGUGGCGGCUCGGCCGCCGAGAGUGCAGCCAAGUGGGCCAUGCGGGCCAUGGACCUGGGCUUAAUAGAGUCUAUCGGGCAGGCCCUUUUCAGCGAAAGAAUCUCAGCAUGCUAUGCCUCUCGGGCUCCCGUGAACGGUGUGCGAUGGGGUUCGCGACGCCGCAAGGCCGGGAUGUGGAGUCUCUUCGCAGCUGACAUGUGGCUUCGACUCGGAAAGCCAGCGGUAGCCUCUGCAUGUCUCGAAGAGGCUGAGCGUCUCUACGCGGACGUCAUGGGGAGCGAUGGUGUCUUUCCAAUGCCGGAGAUGCAGACACUGGUCGACAACCUGCGGCUCUCAGUGAAAGUCGGGUAUCUCGAGGCCCGCGGGCUGGAUAUCAAGGAGGAAACUGGCAGCACGGAUCCCUUGGACAACGAGGAAACUAGUGAGAAGCUGGACAGACGGUUGAACCGCAGGUCCUUGAUCGUCAACCCGCUGGACAUGGGAAGUCUUGCUCUUCCGCCGGUUCAGCCAGCGAGGGACGAAGAUAAUCUGGGCAAUGACGAUUUUGAACGAGCAUAAUCAUAGGCGAUGACGGAUAUGAGGCGUAUCAUAGGCUAAAUAGUUUAAUAGAUUCACAGUUGUCUCCCGCGAGACUUGUACAAACUGCAGUUUUCCGAGGUUCCAGUGUUUCAUUCAUUGUAUGUACGGGGUACAACAUGGAACGACGUUUCUCUAAUGGACGGAAGCUUGGUUGCCAG